AUGAAAGAGGUGUUUAAUGGAGGAGGAGAAUGUUAUUUUGCUCAGUCACCAAGAAACUGCCUGAAAAUUCAUGAAAAUGCUAUUGUUGCCUGUGGAAAAAACAGCACACUCUGCUACAUACCAUCAGUAGACAAGUGGUACAAGUUGUCAGAUAUGCUAUCCACAAGGUACUUUUUUAGUCAGUCCAUCAGUGUGUGUCAAGGGAAGUUGUUCUUUAUUGGAGAUACAUAUGACAGUGAUACAUAUGGUUGUCCCGCAGAACAUUAUGAUCCAUCAGUAAACACUUGGUUUCCUCUGGGCUCUUUCAAGCAAAGAGUCAAGUGGUGUACUGUCGUGACAUUUCAGGGCUUGCUCUAUGUCAUGGGUGGAGUGGAGCAGAAAGAAAACAAACUCUUAAACACAGUGCAGAGAUACAAUCCUGAUACAAACCUGUGGCAAGUGGUGUCCUCUCUAAGUAGUCCCAGGUCAAGUAUUUGUGCAGUAGGUACUAGAAGUUACUUGUAUGCUAUUGGAGGCAAAUCAGAUGUUGAACCUGUCAACAUUGUUGAAAGAUUUGAUCCAAAGGAAAAGGCAUGGUGCCUGGCUGCCCCAACUCUUGGAAAACGAGUGGCUGCUUGUGGUGUAGCUGUCAAUGAAAAAAUGUUUGUGUUUGGUGGCUUCAGGAGUGAAAAGUACUCACACUCAAGCUUCUGUGAAAUGUAUGACCCAGUAACUGACAUGUGGAGUAGCAUUGCAAAUACAAUUACCCCAAGAGGGUAUACAAGUGCAGUGAGUUUCAAAGGAAACAUUUUUGUGUGUGGUGAGUUUGGAGAAGAUGCUUCUCUGCAAAUUUACAACAUUGUUACCAGUGAGUGGAAAUUUUGCACCAAGUUUCCCCAGAGUACCGAGAAAUUUAAAAUUUCUUGUUUAAGAAUUCCAAGAGAGGUUUUGGAUAAAUGUGAAGUACUUUCAUAG